GACUACCUCUGAAUGCACAAGGAUUGUGAGAACAGCGAACUCACUGGAGAAGGAAGGGAGAACCAGGAGCCGUUGUGAACCAGCUGCCAAUCCGUUUCGGCAAGGGUCCAUUUCUGAAAACGGACUAGACACUCGCGGAUCUCCCUGCUAAGACGGGAAAGCAUUGCAAAGCAGGCAAUUUCUGGACACGGAAGCGUGACUCGCUGGCUCUGGGGCGUCAGCGCGAUGGGCUCGAUCGCCACUGAGGGCAAGAGAGCUUCAUGCUGUGAUGAAAGCAUUGCUCAUGACAGAUACUCUUAUCUAUACAGAAGGAGGCUGGCAUCUGUGGCAGAGCUGUGUGUAGGUGGGGGAGAGGAAAGGCACCCCCCUCCCCACACUCAGGCAGGAAUCGGUUCCCCUCGCACACGUACGGACUGGCUGCCUUGCCUGCCCGCGCCCUAUUUUUCCCCACCAUCGAUGCCCGCAGGCGACGGGUCUUCUGUCGGUCAGCUCGCCAGCACAACACGCCCAUUCCCUGCCUGCGCGCAGAUCGAGUGAGCGCCCAUCAGAUAGUAUCGCCUCGUUGCUAGCAGUGCCAUUCGCAGUCCCGUCCCUUCCCGUGGCCCAGGAGCACGAUGUCUUUGCGAACUUCGACCUUUAGAGCAAAAAAGGUGUAGGGGGGGAUGUUGACUGUAGGUAUUGUGGAUUAUGAUUAUGAUGACUAUUAGCAAUCUGCACGGGGAUGUGGGGUUAGGGGAGACAGGUGGGUAGGUGGGUGGUGGCUGCAGUCGCUCUAGAGCGAUCGGUCCCAUUCAGUCCCAAGACACGGAGCCAGGCUAGUUUUUGUGCACGCGGAGCCCCUGCAAAACCUGCCUUCCCUAAGAAAAGGUGUACAUGGAGCGCAUCGCUCUGUGGAUCCCCUCCUCAGGUACCUCUCAACUGCAGCCCGACCGGAGGAAGAAGCAGGCGGCGCCCACCUUGGGUCGGGGUGCGGGGAGGCGUUCAAUCCUCAGGCAGGGCUUGCCUGGAAAGUGUGGGGGGAUGCCGGUGGUCGCCAUGACUGCUGCUGCUGCAGCAGCUGCCGCCGCCACCGCCGCCUUCAACUGAGUCGGGAGGCGCGGCUGGAGAGGAGCUGUCCAUUCAGCACCACGGCUCCGCGGCUUCGCUCUUGGUAGUAGCUCAACUCUCGGGCGUUGUAGGCGCUCCAGGAUGUGAGCAACGCCCGCUGACACCUUCUCCGGGAAAGGGGCUGUCUGCCUACUUCCAUCACACAAAAGGUUAGGCGGCGGAUCGGUUCCUGGAGCCAAGACAUCUUCAGCCUGGAUGAAGGACCCCGCCCCAGCGAUGCUCGAGUGGUGCUGGGGGAAGUUUCACGCUCCCAAACGGGGUCGCAGCAGCAACAGCAGCUCUUGAGGUCUUCUCUCCCUGCCCCAUAUAGAUUUGGAAGACACUCACUAUGACAGGGCUGAGUCUGAGGGAUUUAUCAGAGGCUGAUUUUGAAGACAGUGAAAUCAGCAUCAAUGUCGGAGGCUUUAAGAAAAAGAUGAGAUCCAACACAUUGUUGAGAUUCCCUGAAACGAGGCUGGGUAAACUGCUGAGCUGCAAUUCAAAGGAGUCGAUUCUAGAGCUUUGUGAUGAUUACGACGACACUAAGAACGAGUUCUACUUUGACAGGAACCCUGAACUUUUCCCUUAUGUGUUGCAUUUUUAUAACACUGGAAAGCUGCAUGUGAUGGGUGAGCUCUGCGUGUUUUCCUUCAGUCAGGAAAUCGAAUAUUGGGGAAUCAAUGAAUUCUUUAUUGAUUCUUGCUGCAGUUACAGCUACCAUGGGAGGAAAAUGGAACCAGACCAAGAAAAAUGGGAAGAUCACAGUGAUCAGGAAAGUACCACCUCUUCCUUUGAUGAGAUCUUGGCCUUCUACAAUGAUGCUGCUAAGUUUGACAAGCAACCCUUUGGGAAAGUCAGGCGGCAGCUGUGGUUAGCUUUAGACAACCCUGGCUACUCUGUCUUGAGCCGAAUAUUCAGUGUCCUCUCCAUCGUGGUUGUUCUUGGAUCCAUAGUAACCAUGUGCCUCAACAGCCUCUCAGACUUUCAGAUUGUUAAUAGCAAUGGGAACUCUGAGGAAGACCCUCGAUUUGAAAUUGUGGAACAUUUCGGUAUUGCGUGGUUCACUUUUGAGCUGGUGGCAAGGUUUGCCGUGGCCCCAGACUUCUUGAAGUUUUUUAAGCAUGCACUCAAUCUAAUUGACCUAAUGUCCAUCCUUCCAUUUUACAUCACUUUAAUUGUUAACUUGGUGGUGGAAAGUAGCCCUGCUUUAGCUAAUUUGGGUAGAGUAGCCCAAGUCCUGAGACUGAUGAGGAUAUUCCGUAUCUUAAAACUUGCACGGCACUCAACAGGCCUUAGAUCUCUUGGAGCCACCCUCAAGUAUAGUUACAAGGAGGUAGGGCUUCUCCUGUUAUACCUAUCUGUUGGAAUCUCUAUAUUCUCUGUAGUGGCUUACACAAUUGAAAAAGAGGAAAACAGGGCCCUGGAGACCAUCCCUGCUUGCUGGUGGUGGGCUACAGUUAGCAUGACCACAGUUGGUUAUGGAGAUGUUGUCCCAGUGACCACGGCAGGCAGGCUGACAGCUUCUGCAUGCAUCCUAGCUGGCAUCUUGGUAGUGGUCCUCCCUAUCACACUCAUUUUCAACAAGUUCUCCCACUUUUACAGGCGCCAAAAACAGCUAGAAAGUGCUAUGAGGAGCUGUGAUUUUGGGGAUGGGAUGAAAGUUGUCCCUUCAGUCAACUUAAGGGACUACUAUGCCUACAAAGUUAAAUCUCUUAUGGCCAGUCUCACAAACAUGAGCAGGAGCACCCCAAGUGAACUAAGUCUGAAUGAUUCACUGCAUUAGUCUCUGGUUCUAAGACCAGUUUGCAUGAUGGAAAACCAAGAGCUGUACUUAUGUGUGUUGUUUUUCCUCACCCCGGCAUCUAAUAUCAUCAAUUAAGCACCAUGGGCAGGUCCACAUAACCAUUCUUCCUCCACCACCAUCCUUUUUUUGGCAGUAAUCUUUCAGUAGCAAUUCAUAUGCACUUGAGUCUUGUGAAUGGUUCAUCGUACAUUCGGAUUUAGAGACAACAUGCAUUUUGAAGUUUGUUCAGCUUGUGCUAGCUUGCAAUUGGAAGUGGUUGAACCCAUCACAAAGCCAUGGUGCACAUAAAUACCAUCACAUGCAAAGGGCCACCUAAUGGGAAAAAUGGUUGUGGGAAUACACUUACUUUGGCAAUUGUGAAGAAUAUAAAGUUUACUUACAGAACGAUACGUGGUGCAUUUUCAUCUAGCUACAUAGAAACAGCCUCCUGGUUUUUCUAUGCAGCUGUAUUUGUCUCCAUGAUGUGUAGUGCUGGUGAUGUUGAGCUUCUUUGUCACAUGCAUAUUUUGCUUUGGAAGUCCUUGUGAGAGAACCGAAAAGAAUAUUUCCAGGAAGACUACAGAAACAAAUCACCUGCAAAGCUGGAAAUGUGGCUAUCCCAGUUCCAUGCACGCUUGUGAUACAGUAAAAAGGCCAGACAGUUAAAUCACUCCUUUGUUUAAGGCCAUUAUAAAGCAGCUAUAACACCCAGAUUGUAUUUCCAAAACCACUUGCCGCUAUCAUACUUUACUAGUUAAUUGAGAAUUCACUUGGGGAAUCACUGCCCGUUUAUGAGAAGUAAAGCUGUUGUAACCAUAAUUGUGCAGCUUCAAUUGAGUUUGAUUAUUCUGAAGAAAUGGGAAGCAAUUUUCAGCAACCCCUACUCUAAAGUGUGAUAGAAUAUUGGGAGAGAGUGACAGAAUGUUGGGGAUCGAUCAAUAAAUAGACAGACAGAAUGAUUUCCAAGACCAGUAAGUGCAUAUUUUUAUUUCUUCUGGGUGUCAUUGAUAAGACUCUCGUUCACAGGAACUGAUCUGUGAUGACAGAUUUCAAAAAGUUAUCUCCCAUCAGCUCCUGCUCCUGAAACAUGCAUUAGGCCACCCUCUCAAAAAGAGCCUUAAAAAGAAAGAAAGAAAAUACCCACUUUUGUGCUGAAGGAAAUAUUUAAGGCCUAAUCUCCCUAGACAUCAGAAACUGAUACCAACUCUUAACUUCAGUAUAAUCUUUCAUGCUCAGAAUUUACAUCUCUCUCUCUCUCUCUCUCUCUCUCUCUCUCUCUCACACACACACACACACACACACACACACACACACACAAUGUCUGAGCUAAGGGAUCAACAUUAGAAGAUAUUCUUACAGCUGACUAGUAAAAAGAAAUACACCAAAUCCAGUGGUAAAGGCAGCAAUGUAAUAUGCAAGCUGACAACGUGAAUGGCUUUAAAAUAGAUUAGACAAAUUCAUGGAGGAUAAUGUUAUCAGUGGCUACUAGCUAUACUCUGCCUCCACAGAGUAUUGUGGACACAAUCCUCUGCUUUCACAGUGGGAGGCAUAUACUUCUGAAUACCAGUUCCUAGAAACCACAGAAGCAGAGAGUGCUCUUGAACUUAGGUCCUGCUUGCUGGUUUCCCACAGGUGUUUGGUGGUCAACCAUUGUGAGAGCAGGAUGCUGGACUAGAUGGGCAAUUGGCCUGAUUGAGCAGGCUUUUCUUACGCUCUUUGUUUCUGAGAGGGAGCCACAGGUUCCAGUGAGAAGGAUGGAGAGGACACAUUAUAUUUUAACAUUUGAAUGGGAGGCCAUUUCCUAAGGGGACCUAAAUUCACGUUCAGGAGGCUUACUAUGAAACAAAUAAACCAUACCCAUAAAGAGAGCACACAUCUCUACUCAAAUGUGACACCCACUGAGUUCAAUGGGGCUUGUUUCCAGGUAAGGGUUAUAGGACUGUAGCCUCAAACAAUUAUCUCAAGCAAGGGUUCCCAAACUGUUGUCUAUGGACCACCACUGGUCCACAAAGUUCAUUCAGGUGAUCCACAGUAAAAAGACAAUAAAAAACAUACAGCAUCUAACACAGAACAUUACAAUUGCUACAACUGGCAGAAAAACAAUUGACUGGUCGUCCAAGACCCUCAGCAUUUUACAAGUGGUCUGAGGGCAGGGGGGAAUUUGUGAAACCACUGAUCUAAAAAUUCUGGCUGAAGGAAUCUAACUGAUCUCUUAGGGGAGGUGGUUCCACACUACAGUUUCAUAAUAUAUAUGUUGGCCAGUCCUACCAUUAGACAAAGUGAGUCAUGCUCCCAGCCAUUUUCCUCUGCUAGAGGAAAUGGCAUAUGCUCCAUGAUUUGUCUUGCCACUGCCACCAUCCUCUUAGAGGAUAUGGAGGAUGCUAUAAGCUUACCAAUGAUGAAACAAGAUUCAAGUGCCGGUCAAGUCAGCUUUUGUACAAGGAAAGGAGAGAGGAAACCAUCUUGUCCUUUGCCUCAGGCAGCAAAAUAUUUUGGGCCAGCCUUGCACAUACACAAGGCUAAAGAGAUGUUGGCACUACGCUUUGAGUCCAUGCUUUCACCAACCCAGAAGUUCAUUUCCAAGUUGAAAAAUGCUGUGGCCUUCUCAGCUGGUGGCCCUCUCUCAGCCUGCGACAGCGUUCAAACCAUAUUAGAUGAGCAUUCAACUAGAUUGAAAGUUGUUUGCAUUGUAUGGGAGUCUGGGUGGUCUCAGAGAAUGUUUAAUGCUAAAUAGUCCAGCACCAUACAUUGCGUGGAAAUAAGUCUCACUGAUUUCAGCAAGACUUAUUUCUACAUCAUGGACACAUCGUCAAUCUGGGGAAUAAAUUCUUCUGCACACGAACACACUUCCAAAACAUCCCCCAACUCUGAAGUGACUCUUACCAAUAUGUGUAAUUCUGGGUGCUUAUCAGAAUCCUUGCAGAGCUUUGGAUCAUGGUGCAAGAUUAGGCAGCUUUCCUAUUUAAGAACUUGUGUUAAAAGGACUGAGUCACUACUCCUGAUUACUCCUAUUUCUAAUCAGGUGCAGAAGUGUGGUGUGAUUUACCCUCCAAUGUGGCAGGAUCAUAGAGUCUGCCAGUUUACCAAAUGGUUUACAUGAACAUUAUGGUAAGGCUACUACUUGUUAAAUGAUUGUGUGUAGUCACAAAAAAGAAUGGUCCUACUUGUGA